CCCUAUAGCAGAACUCAACAGGCCAAAUCUAGAAGGAAACACAGUGAGCUAAACCAAGAAAUCUAGAAUACCUCACAGUCCUCAUCUCACUGGAUAACUGUUUGUAAGUGACAUUCAAGGAUCGUACUGCAGCCAAAAUGGCAGUGCUUCCUGACAAGAGCUUCACUGGGAUGGAACUCUUAGAUCUCCUCCUCGAGCCGGCUGAUGGGAGCUGUCAUCUUGAGGGACUUGGCGAUGGCCUUGUUAACCCAGCUUGGCCAAUCACAGAUCAAAGUUUCAUGCGUGACGGUGAAGAUGCAGCCGUACAUUUCCUGGAAUCCCUGCUGUGUGUGUCUGAGUGUACGUCGGGCCCUGGCUCCCCACCAUGGGCCCCAUCUCCCUGCGACAGUGGAAUUAGCGAGGAUCCCCUGUCUGACCAGCGGGACACCCCCCCUCCUCCCACCAGCCCACUCUUCCACUCCUUCUUCCACCCUCAGCAUCCUCUUCCUCAGGCCCAGUCACAGCAGCAGCAGCUGCAGCAGGCCAGAUCCACCAUGCGCUCAGCAGAACCAGAUGUGUCCAUUGAUGUGGCUUCCUGGGAGUCGAGUAUGUUCUCAUACAGGCCUGUGGUUCCUGAAAGUGGUCCAACAGCAGCACAGAGUCCAGAAGCCCCUACAGUUUAUCAGCUUAGUGUGAAGGACCUGCUGCUGUCCAGCGUGGGAGAAGCUCCCAAGCAGGCCUGUCAGAACUCACUGCAGGAGCUCAUUCUUAAUGAUGACGAAAAAAAACUUUUGGCCAAGGAAGGAGUGUGUUUACCCAGCCAGCUUCCUCUCACCAAGUAUGAGGAGAAGAUGCUGAAAAAGAUUCGGAGAAAGAUUCGGAAUAAGCAGUCGGCACAGGAGAGCAGAAAGAAGAAGAAAGAAUAUGUUGAUGGCCUGGAAGGAAGAAUGGCUGCCUGCAGUGCGCAGAAUCUGGAGUUGCAGAAGAAAGUGAUCCAGCUGGAGAAAACCAACAUCUCUAUGAUGGAGCAGCUGCGGAGGCUGCAGGCUCUGGUCAUGAAUGGCUCCUGCAAACCGGCUCAGACAGGGACCUGCAUCCUGGUGCUGCUUGUGUCUUUUUCUCUCAUCCUGUUCCCCAGUCUUCAGCCAGUGUCCUUCAGUGGGGCUGGGCAGCCAGGGGACUUCACUGCUGCUAAAGUCCAGUCGCGGUCACUGCGCUCUGUGUUGGAGGUCCAUAGCCUGCAGCCAGUCUUCUCCGUGGACAGAGUGGUGGAGACGGCCACCCCCAUGAUUACCAAGAUGCACAUCAGGCCAGAAUAUGCAGACAUGGACAGUCUACUCCACAAUCGUAGCUAUGGAGACAAGGAGCAUCACCAUGGUGACCCCAUCACUGGGCAUAUGGCCACAUUGGGUUGGCUGUCACGCCCUGAUUUGGGACCGUAUCAUCAGGAAGACAGGAAAUGAUGUAAUGAGUCAUCUGAAUGGAUGCAGUCGUGUGACCCAAAAAAGCAAAAACGAGCGGUUUUUUGGUGUUAAGGGAGAAAAGUGAAUGUAGUAUUGAAUACUGACAAUUGCUUUGAUUUCACUGCUCCAGCUAGCGAGGACAUUAUCAUGGACAACAUCAAGUUCAUUCAGAAAGAGUUAGGGACUGCUUUGACAGGCUGUACUGAAUCCUUUUGAUGCCACUCUUUACUGACUCCAACUGUUUUGUAUUGAUAUAAGUUAAUAAGGAAAGGGAGCCAGCAAUGUUAGCACAUCAUGUCCCUGGAAUUCAUUAUAGGAGCAACUUUCAUAUGUUAACAAAAGAAAAAAACUUUUUCAAAGACGUUUUUCUCACGCAGGAUUUUUUUUCUGACUGCUUUUGAUCUCUUGUGCAAAUUAGAUGACUCAUUAACAUCUGCUGGGCCAUACGUUGCUCCAGUUUAAAGCUAGGUUGUUGUGCAUGUUAAAAUCAAACUAUUAAAGGUAAAACUAGAUGUAUUCACACUAGCUGUUUCUUCCACUGCAUGAAAUGUAAUCCCAUGGGAAGUGUCCACACGGUCGUCAGAAAAUAGCCUCUCUUUGAAAAACAUUAUCUAGACAAAGACAAAGUAAGCAAACCUAAAUAUUUCUAUCAGCGAGAAUCACUCGUGCGUUGUUGCAUUGAGGUUGAGGCCCAUUAGAACAUCAUGAAAACAACACAUUACAUACUAUUUCCUGACUAAAAAUAAUUUGAUUCCAUACUACAGUGGCUCAAGAGCACACAUUACACACGAGUUCUUUCAUUGGUCAGAAAUUUGACAGGGACACAGUUAUUUUCACGUUUGCCUCCAAUAAUGCCAAACAACAUAUUUUUAUUGUACCUUUCAUUUAAGCAAUAGAACACGAGAGGGAGUGUGAUUUGGUCGCAGACAUGAGCAUGCUAUUAUCUAGCAAGCUAAAACAAGCUAAACUACAGAACAUAACUGCUUUUUGUUUCUGUUGUGAACAUUUUGCAGUCCUACAAUCAUACAGCUCAAGGUAGUCAGUGACUCCACGAAACAUAUCUCUCAUUGAAAACGAUUGGAGGAAAAGUGUUGGUCUGCAAAAAAAUGCAUAUGGCUUAUUUUCAUGAACAUGACAAAUACUGGAACCCAACUUGA